CCUUUCAUGCCUUCUGCAGGUAAGAGAAAGCUUUCUGGAAGCAAGUGGAUAAUGUUAAUCAGGUCUUCUAAAUGUGUUCUAAACUGAACUAUUUAUAGACAGAUUCUUGUAGGUUUUUAAAAAGUUCUCUUUCAGGUUUGUUAACCCCAAGGCCAUAAUGGUGCUAAAUCCAGUCAUUUCUAAGCUCUCUGGUAAACUGGUGGUGUUGGCCAGUUCCUCUCCUAGAAGAUUGGAGAUACUGCGAAAUGCGGGGCUGCGUUUCGAGGUUGUGCCGUCUUGGUUUAAAGAAACUCUUGAUAAGGGGCUUUUCAAAGCCCCUCAUGAGUAUGCUGUAGAGACAGCCAAGCAGAAGGCAUUGGAGGUGGCCAGGAGGAUGACGAUUAAACACUUGAAAACGCCUGACGUGGUAAUUGGCGCCGACACAAUUGUGACUGUUAAUGGCAUGAUUCUUGAAAAGCCUGUUGAUAAGCAGGAUGCUUACAGGAUGUUAUCAAGUUUGAGCGGUAAAGAGCACAGUGUGUUUACUGGAGUCGCCAUUGUCCUGUGUCACGAUAAAGACAAUGAUGAAGUUGACUACCAGUUAAUAGACUUCUAUGAGGAAACAAAGGUUAAGUUUGCAGAGCUCUCAGAGGACAUGCUAUGGGAAUACAUCAAUAGUGGUGAACCUAUGGACAAAGCUGGGGGCUAUGGCAUCCAAGCUCUCGGGGGCAUGCUGGUUGAGUACGUCCAUGGAGACUUCUUAAACGUCGUUGGGUUUCCUCUCAACCACUUCUGCAAACAGCUAGGGGUUAUUUACAACCACUGCUCUUUCUUUACCCCCGACACAACUGAAACCGUCAACCUCAGCGUCAGCGACUCUCUUUCCACCUCCAUUUUAAGUCAGCAGAAGGAAAGCUCUAAAAACAUCCCCAGACCCAAAAGCCCGUCAUCCAGUCCGCUUCAUAAGGUGAAAAAGACGAGCAAUAAAAGUGAGGCAAAGGUCAGCAGUUUGUUUGAAGAUGAUGAAAGAGAGACCAUAUCACCAAUGCUGAGGAGUAAAGAUGGGGCCAUGCAUGAUGACAGGGGGCCUAAGAAAGAAGACUUGGAGCUGAUUAAUAAACUGAUAGAUGGAUUUAAAGCAUCUAAGGCACUCUUUACAGCAUCCAAGUAUUGCUUGUUCGACCUGCUACACAGAAAGCCUGGGCUGGAUGCAGAGCAGGUUUCCCAGGAGAUCAAAGCCUCUGUGAAAGGGACUGAGACGCUGCUGGAAGCUUGUGUGUCACUGGGAUUGAUAAAGACCAAAGAUACAACAGAAUGCCCAAAACCUGUAUUUGAGAACACAGACCUGGCCACACGUCUCCUGCGCUCAGAUGCCAAUUUUUCGCUGCACGCCUACAUUCAGCACUGUAACGAUAAUAUAUGGCCUCUUUUCUCCCACCUUGAGAGUGCUGUGAAGGAGGGAACCAGCCAGCGAGAGAAGGUCAAGAAAUUCAAAGAGAUCAGUCAGGACUCUCUUUGUAGCAGCGAAGAAGCCACACUAAGAUUCAUGCAUGCCAUGCACAGCUCUGCUAAAAUUGCAGCUACUGCUGUGGCAGCGGCCUUUGACCUCUCUAAGUACAAAACAGCUUGCGACGUGGGAGGCUGUACUGGUGCCGUUUCAUAUGAGCUGAUUAAAAUCCACCCUGAACUUACUGUAACCGUGCUUGACUUGCCCUCUGUUGUGGAGAAGAGUGAACCUUUCCAGCAGCACACAGAAGAAAGGGUUACCUUCAAAUCAGGAGACUUUUUGAAAGAUGAAUUGCCAAAAGCAGACUUAUACAUCCUGGUGAGAAUUCUCCAUGAUCUGACUGAUGAGAAGCUACAUGUUCUGCUGAGGAAAAUCUCAGAUGCAUGCACUCCAGGCUGUGGCCUCCUGCUGAGCGAGAUCUUUCUGGAUGAAAACAGAAGCGGUCCGAGUCGAGGGCUGCUGCAGGCUCUCAGCAUGAGCGAGGGGAAACAGCGAAGCGCGGCAGAGUACAGUCGUCUUUUAAAGCGUCAUGGUUUUCUAACAACACAAGUAAAGUACACAGACAACCUCCUGGAUGCAAUGCUGUGCAUCAAAGCAUAGCCAGCUGCAGCUAUACAAUCAUCUCAAGCUUUGUCAUGUAGGUUAUGGUGUAUGUUGUUGAAUUUGGCAUUAAACACUAAGUUGUUGUCUUUUUUUUA